GGGGGCUGCCGGCUGGACCGGGCGGGGCGGGUGCAGUGGGUGUGUCCGGGGCGGUUCCCUGCGCAGGUGGUGGGUUCAGGGCUGACGCAACGGGCGGCGUCGGGAGAUGGCUGCUCGGGGCCGGGUGGAGGACGGUUCCUUGGACCUGGUCCAGAGCAUUGAAGAUGACCCGCUCCUGGAGACCCCCCUCCUCCCACAGCACUCGCUGCAGGUGCACUUCAGCCCCAGGUUCCAGCCCCUGCCCACGCUGCUCAUAGCCAGUCUUCUCCUGCUCAUACACGUGGUCUUCGUGGUCUUGGCGUUUCUAACAGGCGUGCUUUGCUCCUACCCCGACCCAAACGAGGACAGGUGCCCGGGGAACUACACCAGCCCGCUGAAGGUGCAGAGCGUCGUCGUCCUGGGCAAGGUGGCAAUGUGGGUCCUGCACCUGUUGCUCGAGCGCUACCUCCAGUACCACCACGGUAGGGUUCGGGGCCGCGGCUACGGCCGCAUCUACCGUGCCACGAGGCCACUGACCACACUGGCCCUGCUGACGCACUCAGCUGGCAAUGCGGCACUGCUACUGGUGCUGUGUGCGCAGCACUCCUUCCCGGGGCCUGGCAGGCUGUACCUCGACCUUCUCCUGGCCGUGCUAGCCCUGGAGCUGCUCUGCUCACUGAUCUGGCUGCUGCUGUACACAGUGAAAAUUAGAAGAUUUAAUAGAGCCAAACCACAGCCUGAUGUUCUUGAAGAAGAAAAAGCCUGUGCUUACCCCAGGAGUAUUACCUCGGAGACCGGCUUCAGGACCAUUUCCAGCCUUGAAGAAGUGGUGGAAAAGCAAGCAGACAUCAUAAUGUACCUGAAGCGGCACAAUGCCCUGCUGAGCCAGCGGUUGUUGGCACUCACGACCGCAGACCUGGGCCCACAGCCAGGCAGAAGCUGAGAGGCUGCGGUGCCCAGGCCAGGAGGAGCCCAGGGUCUCAGGCCAACCCUCUGCUCAUCACACGUGGGACCUGGAUCUGCAUCACCUGUACCCAGGGAUCCUCGAGGGGACCCUGGCAGGGGUCCUGGUAACCCAGGGGAAGGAAUGUUGUGUUCAUCCUGGAAUCAUUUAACUGACCAGGUUUUCUUAGGAUCAGAGGUGUUUAAACGUGCCCUGGUCACACUCUUCGUGCCCUAGAUCCCUGCAGCAGUGAGCAUGUUGCUUAGCAGAGAGUGCUUGGCACUCAAGAGUCACGGGUGUGACCCUCAGUUCCACGUAAACAGUGACAGGAAACAGACCUGUGACAAUGGACUGCAGGGGAAGUCAGUCCUGACAAUCGUUAAUGGCAUUUGGGGGAUGGAACCCAGGGCCUGAUGCUGCCAGGCUCUGCCCUGGAGCUGCGUCUUUCACCUACACAGUGUUCUAAAGAGUAAGUUCUACUUUUAAGAUAACAAGAGAAGUCAUUUCUGUGGUGUCUUCUGUAUCUUCCCUUACCGUGUAUCCUUGCCUCUGGGGACUGGGUGACAGCGAGGCCGUGUACCUGUUUCCCUCCUGUGGUGCUGGACGUGCACCCCACAUCCACAGCUGUCACAGAAUUUCCUCACUGAGGGGCAAGGAGCCUGGCUGAGGCGGGAGGGUCGUGAGUUCCAGGCCAGCCUGGAUAUCAUAGCAAGACCCUGUCUCCAGAAACAAAAGCCCAACUGUAGGGCCAGGGUCUCACUCGGUGAUGUACUAUGCAAGUUCUACAGCCUUUUCUUCAGAAUCAGGUCUGACAUUUACCUGGUGUCCUGACCCAGACAGGCUGUUCCACACCUUCCAUGAGCAAAAGCUGGAGAAUUCAGAAAUGUCCCCUUGUCUUUGCCCUUCUUGAGGAAGUUGCCAUCUAUUUCUGUAUUGGAUCAGUUCAUUGGAUCAAGAAGUUCAAUUCCAGGAGUAGAAAAGUCUGUCGUUUAAACUCUAAAGAGAACCCAAGACUUAUUUCUAGUACUUAUAAUGGGAAUAAAUGUCAUUCAUUUGUGUACAGAUAUGAAACACACCUA